AGCAUUGCUGAUUGGGCAAUUUAGAUACUCUAUUGUUUUUUUUUCCCGAAUUGGGGUUGAUAAUAUUCUUUUAUUGAUUCAAUAAAAGGGGGACUUUCUGUGGCAGGUCACAUUGGUCCCAACGGGUGCCUCUACCUUUCAGUAAACAAGUCCGCACAGAGUGAGGAAGUAUUGUGAAAGCUAAGACUCGAAAAUGAGGAGUGAAAAAUUUCUGAUCGCUCUCCUUUUGUGUGUCGCAAGAUUUGCAAAAACUGUAGUUGGUGGUUGUAAAAUGUUACCGCUUGACGAUCGUCAAACUGGAAAAUGGCUGAAGAAUCAUCCAGAAUCAAACUUUACCGGGAUAACAGAAGACAACUGCAGUGUCAAGUGCUUCCUGAGUGACACAUGCCAAUCAUUCAACUAUAAUCGCUCGUCAGAAACCUGUCAGACGAGUACGUCCACUCGCCAUCAGCACCCUGAGGAUUGUGUCGAUAAAUCCGAGGACGUAAUAUACGUUGGAACGAAGAAUGCAUGUGUGCCGGGAGCGUGUCCCAGUGGAAAGGUGUGCAGGGCAGAUUUCGUGAAUGGGGGAUUUUCCUGCGAGUGCCCGGCUGGCUCAGCACCAUGUGCGGCAUCCGAGUCAUUAACAACAACUUUAUCCCUUUCUACAACAGCGGCAUCCGAGUCAACAACAACAACUUUAUCCCCUGCUACGACAGCGGCAUCCGAGUCAACAACAACAACUUUAUCCCCUUCUACGACAGCGGCAUCCGAGUCAACAACAACAACUUUAUCCCCUGCUACGACAGCGGCAUCCGAGUCAACAACAACAACUUCAUCCCCUUCUACAACAGCGGCAUCCGAGUCAACAACAACAACUUCAUCCCCUUCUACAACAGCGGUAUCCGAGUCAACAACAACAACUUCAUCCCCUUCUACGACAGCGGUAUCCGAGUCAACAACAACAACAACAACACCUUCAUCUCCAUCAAUGACGACUAAAUCCGAGUCAACAACAGGAACUUCAUCUCAAUCUACGACAGCGGUAACAACAACAGAAGCAAUUCCUACGACACCAGACUGUGCAUCAUCGACAGCAGUUGGACUGCAAGACAGGAGUAUCAUCCCGGACAAUAGCUUUUCCGCAUCAUCGCAGUAUUAUUCUUUUUCUUGGCCAUUUGUUUACCCUGCCAAAGACGCGCGUCUGCAUGGAGACAACUAUUGGGCUCCUGGCACCCUAUCUAAUUCGUACAUACAGGUCCAUUUGAUCUUUCAGUACACAAUUUGUGCCGUGGCAACGCAAGGAGGCGCUUCGAAUAGAAGGGUUACACAUUAUAAACUAUCAUUAUCAGCCACUGGGUCCACCUGGAACAUCUACCAAGAAAACGGCGCCGAUAAGGUGUUUAACGGAAAUAACGACACGAGCACGGUGGUGAAAAAUGAAUUGACAAACAAACCGUCUGCACGGUAUAUCAAGUUUCUUCCGACCUCAUGGAAUGAUCGCCCUGCCCUCCGGCUUGAAGUAUACGGAACUCUCCAGUGA